AAUAACGGAGAUUAUAGGGAUACGUUAUUUUGUUGAAGAAUACUUUAUCGAUAAGCAAGAAAUGAAGCGAACUAUACACUUCAAGAAUCAUCACAGGGCAUUCAUUCAACCAGUUUUGACCAGGAAUGUUAAACAUAGCACAUGUUUCUCAGAUUUCUAUUUUGGGUCAUCUUGUUCCACUCUCGAAGAACUGCAGGUUUGGGUGAGUAGUCUCGGAGCGAUCAAUCAAGAAAGAAAAGAUAAUGUUGGAAAACAUAUUAAAGUGCAAGAAAUUCCAACACAACUUGGACUAUAUGCUUGGGGAAAGCCAGCUGAAUACAUUUUCAUGCUUUCUGAAUACUGGGGUUUGCAAGAUGAGGCUAAAUAUAUAGCUCUUGAGCUUUUCAAUGUAUUCAUGUCAGCAUUGGUUAUGCAACUUCGCAAACUAAUUUUUGACAAAAUUGCAUUUAGUAAUUAUCAAAGUGAUUCAAGUUUUGAUACGUCAUCUGAAAUUGAUCAUCAUAGCCAGCAAUUUGCACCUGGAGAUGUCUUUAGUUCAAAAGAUAAAAAUACACACUUGGAUUGGAUGAAUUUGGGAAGAAAAAAAGCUAAUAGUGAAUGGAAAAAAACUUUAGAGCACAUAAAAAGUCAGAUGAAAUUACGAGCAGUCACUUGCGUUGUAAUAGCUAGCAAAGCUACAGCUCACUAUGAAAUCGUUACAUUGAACAAAGCCUUGGACUUUCUGCAAAAGCAGGGACAUCAUUUUAGCAAAUCUGUACUUCUAAAGUCAGAAUUGAGAAUUUUGAAAGCCAUUAAUUUCAGGAUUAAAUUUCUUCCUUCACCUCACCCUUAUAUAACAGUCAUGCUUGAAAUUUUGAAUAGAACUGACCAAAGUUUCAAUGUCAAACUGUUUUAUCCAAUUUGCAUUAGGAUAUUAGAUCUUUUCUAUUAUUUGCGACCGAGAAUAAUUGGACGUGUUAGUGAGAUCUUAGUGACUGAGCUUGGACUUCCCAACAUGAAGAGUUUAUCUGAAGCACAACGCUUUAUAGAAAACCAAAAUGACUUACAAUUCAUAUCAGCUGGUAUUAUUGCUGCUUCAGUGUAUAUCAAAAACAAAUCUAUUAGUGACAAUAUCAUCACUCUUUUAAGUAAAAUGAUUCAUGUACAAGAAUCUGAUCUCACUCGUUUUACAUGCAUUAUUCUGGAUGUAACACUUGCAUCUUGAUUGUAUUGUUGAUUAAUGCUAGGUAAAAAUGUAUGUUAUUGAAUUUGUGAAUUGGAUAUUAAAUUUUUAACAACAUCUCAUUUAAUUCCAGAGCAUGUGUAUAUUUCACUUAUUAACAGAGAACAGUUAAUGAAGUGUUUCCAGUCAUUUUGAAAAUUCACUGUUCUCCACUAUCAGUUGUUAAAUAUCCGAAGCAGUGUCGUUCUAAAGCGAGUUAUUUUUUUUCUAAUAUUAGUAAUAUUUACCUUGUUUCACUUGUCCUAUUUUCUUUCAUUAAUACACUGUUUGUUUAUAAGACACUGUCCAUAAUUUUGUAUUCUACUUUACCUAUUCCUUAUGCAAAUACAUUCAUUGGCUGUUGUUACUUUUCAAGGGCUUGCAAACUCUCACUGUCAAUAUUCAGUUUAUUCAGCCUUAUUCAUUGCACUCUGAACAUCACCAAACCUAUUGUACAGUUCAAACCAGGCCUGAUUUACACAGUUACACAACUUGUCAAACUUUGAAAAAAAUGUCAAACCUUAUUUUAAGUUAUUCAUUCGUUUUUAGUUAUUCAUGCGAUUUAGAUUUGGCUUAAGAAAAUGAACCCUUGUAGUAGGUUCUUGCUGUCAUUGUGGAAAAUUGCUUUGCUAUUAAACAAAAGAUAUUGUUUUGAGUGAUAGAUUUUGUAAAAUUUCUUCGAUUUUGGUUUGUGAUGGGUGUUGCAAAUUAUAGUUGUUACUAUUAGAAGUGAUUCGAGCAUGCUAGAAGCUAAUGUACAUUUAUUUAAAUAGGCUUAAACUAAAUUAUAAAAUAUGGUUGCAUAGAACAUGUGAGAAACAUUCACUUUUAUGAAUGCAUAUUAACAGAAUUUUAAGUUUAUUCCAAUUUUCAUUCCUUCAAUUUAUUCCUAUAGCAAUUCAUUAUCGAUCAGUAUAAGCACAGUUCAUUUUACAUUUGUAUGUGUUAGUGCCUCAUAUAUGUUUCAUAUGUUUAUUGCUUUCAUUUCCUUCAUAUAUUUCAG